AUGAUAUGUGAAACCUACUUCAUCUCUAGCCUACAGCCUACUGGCCACCCGGCUCUAUGGAGGUGGACGAUCGCCCGCUGCUGCGUUGCCUACUCUCUCCGCUGCUCCUCGUCGUCGUUCCCCCGCCACUCUCUCCGCCAUGAACGUCAAGUAGGCCGCUCUAUUCGCGGCCGCCGCCUCCUGACGCAGAUGCUGCUCCAGCUCCUCGCGCCCCCGACGGUGCUCAACCUCCUGCCUCAAUCGGCUCCGUGCUCCGAGCGACCACCGACGGCACCGACAUCCCGCGUCUCGUCGUCGUCGUCAGCACUGAGCUCCAUCACAAUCGUGUUCGGCAUCGUGCUGCCCACCGUGGCGGCCGUGUUCAUCACCUUCCUCCUCUACGUGCUGGCCGUGCAGUGGCUCAAGAACCGCCGUAGCCCGGACGGUGGCAAGAAGAAGAAUAGGAAGCAUGGCGGUGAUGGGAACGGCCAUGGCAGCAGCUGGUUCAUGCUCAAGAUGAUGUCGUCUAGGUCGUCGUCGCGAGCGUCGUCCAACGCCCCGUCGGAGAUGGGGGACGACGAUAACGAGCACCACCACGACGACGGCGACGAGGUCCUCAUCCCCGGCUUGCCUGCCCGGUUCACUUUCGCAGACCUCGAGACGGCGACCAGCGGGUUCAGGUCGCAGAUCGGCUCCGGCGGGUUCGGGUCCGUGUACCGCGGCGAGCUCCCCGACCGCACCACGGUGGCCGUGAAGCGGAUGAACAACCUGGGCACGCAGGGACGGCGCGAGUUCCUGACCGAGAUCGCCGUGAUCGGCAACGUCCACCACGUGAACCUGGUGAAGCUGCGCGGCUUCUGCGCCGACCACUCCCGGCAGCUCAUGCUGGUCUACGAGUUCAUGUCCCGCGGCUCCCUGGACCAGUCCCUCUUCCUCUCCCGCUCCGGCAACAAGAAGACGCAGGUUCUGUUGGAAUGGCCGGAGCGUGUGGGAGUGUGCGUGGGCGCGGCGCGCGGGCUGGCGUACCUGCACGCCGGGUGCGACCGCAAGAUCCUGCACUGCGACGUGAAGCCGGAGAACAUCUUGCUGGACGAGCGCGGCGGCGUGAAGAUCGCCGACUUCGGGCUGGCAAAGCUGCUGAGCCCGGAGCAGUCGGGGCUGUUCACGACGAUGCGCGGCACGCGCGGGUACCUGGCGCCGGAGUGGCUCACCAACGCGCCCGUGUCCGACAAGGCCGACGUGUACAGCUUCGGCAUGGUGCUGCUGGAGAUCGUGCGAGGCGCCAAGAACUCCAAGCUGCUGCUGCAGCAGCACGACCACGACGACACCGCCGGCAGCAGCUCCGCCGUCUCCAGCAGCGCCUCGUCGGAGGGCCACGGCGGCAGCUACUUCCCGGCGGUGGCGCUGGAGGCGCACGAGGAAGGCGGCCGGCGGUACGCGGAGCUGGUGGACGCGAGGCUGGAGGGACGCGCGAGCGCGGCGGAGGUGGCGCGGGUGGUGAGGGUCGCGCUGUGCUGCCUGCACGAGGACGCGUCGCUGCGCCCGGCCAUGACGGCCGUGGCCGCCAUGCUCGACGGCAGCAUGGAGGUGUGCGAGCCCCGGACGGAGCAGCUCGCCUACCUCAGGAUGUACGGCCGAGGCAUCGUCGGCGGCGGCAGCAAGUGGAAGGGCUCGGAUAUCACCACCGGCGCCGCCAGCAGCAGCUGGUCGCCGCCGUCGUGCGUGUCCGCGCAACAGCUCUCCGCUCCCAGAUAG